AUGGAGUACGACACAUUCACGGCAAAACCAAUUGAGCCGUGUGUGAGGAAGCAAUACCAAGUACCGUUGCUGUCCUGUCCAAAGUCCCCCUCGAUCGAUGCAAGCCUUCUAUCAAGCCAUGUACAACUGGCCUACUCUCCCUGGCCCUUCCUUUGUCCUUGGGAUAAACGCGACCUCCUCAGCGUAUCCACACCAAACCAUUCCCCUCAUCCGUCUCGGGCGCUCACCAUGAGCGACGCAAACCCUGCCCCGCACCACGAGCACGACCCCACCACUGCAGACGUAAACGGCUCGAAGGAGCAAGACCAAGACGACCACAAGCCACGAGAUAGCAAGGGCUGGGAUGGGAAGCUGCGUCUUGACAAGAUGACGUUGGUUGAUGAGCCGCGCGAUCCGCACGCCCAGGUCGUCAGCGACCCAGAAUCCGAAGACGAAGGGCCUCCGCCGGAGCAGCUGGCUGCAGACGAGGAUCUGCUAGACGACACACCAGAAGACGAAGACGAAAUCGAGUUGGUACACUGCAAAAUCUCAGACAUGGACUCCCUGCGCCUGGAGCGAUUCAAGCAGAUGAAGCGCCUCUGCCUUCGUCAAAAUCGCAUAGAAAGCAUUUCUAUUCCUGCAGACGCUGCCGACACGCUGACCGAAAUCGAUCUCUAUGACAAUCUCAUCUCCCACAUCAAGAACCUCGAACCUUUCACCAAUCUCACCUCGCUCGACCUUUCCUUCAACAAGAUCAAGCAUAUCAAGCGCAUCAACCACCUCACCAAACUCAGAGACCUAUACUUUGUGCAAAACAAGAUUGGUAAAAUCGAGAAUCUAGAAGGUCUGACCAACCUGCGGCAAAUCGAACUCGGGGCGAAUCGCGUUAGAGAGAUAGAGGGCUUGGAGACAUUGACAGGACUAGAAGAAUUGUGGCUGGGCAAGAAUAAAAUCACUGAAAUCAAGGGUCUGGACACCCUUAGCAAUCUGAAGAUCCUAUCCAUCCAAUCCAACCGCCUGCGCUCCCUAUCCGGCCUUUCCCAUCUCACUUCUCUUGAAGAACUACACGUUUCCCACAACCUCCUAACCUCCCUCUCUGGCCUCUCUUCCAACGCCAAUCUCCGCGUCAUCGACAUCAGCGCGAACCCGAUUGAGCACCUUGCCGGUCUGGACGGUCUCAACCAUCUCCAAGAGUUCUGGGCGAGCAAUUGCAAGCUAGGCGAUUUCAGAGAGAUUGAGAGAGAGCUGCGAGACAAAGAAGAGCUCGAGACUGUGUACUUUGAGGGGAAUCCAUUGCAGAGACAGCAACCAGCCUUGUACAGGAAUAAGAUUAGACUGGCAUUACCCAGAGUCGUGCAGAUUGACGCUAGUAAGUCGCACCUUUCCUGUUUUCUCGAGAAAGAAAAUCAUCGCAUUCUUCUAUCCCUUUCCGGUAUUCCAAUCUGA